CUUCACUUCUCUUUUCCCCCUCAGAGAAUCUCUCUCUCCAUGGCUUCCGUCUGCGAGGUUUCCCAUCUUCACAGACAGCCGGAGCAGUUCCAAGGCACUUGAUACCUGCAUCAAGGUCCACGCCACAAUAUCCCACAAUGUCUUCAGCUAAUUACAUGUCUCCCACUUCCUCGACAACAACGCCAACAUGGCAUCAGUUCGAGCGGAAGGUCGAUGAGGUCAAGCCCUCCAAAACUGAUAUCAACUAUCUAGUGAUGGAUUACCUCAUUACCAAUGGCUACCCAGCUGCUGCAAAGAAAUUUGCGGUUGAGGCCAACAUACAACCCAGGGCGGACAUUGAGUCCAUCCAGGAAAGAGUAGAGAUUCGCACUGCGAUUCAUUCUGGCAACAUUCAAGCUGCAAUCGAGAAGAUCAAUGAUCUCAACCCACAGAUUUUGGAUGAAAAUCCAUCUCUGCAUUUCGCAUUGCUUCGCUUGCAGCUUGUGGAAUUGAUACGCACGUGCAUGUCAACACCCAAUGGUGACAUCAGUCCUGCCCUCGAGUUUGCGACCUCACAGCUCGCUCCGCGGGCACCCACCAACCCUCAGUUUCUCGAGGACCUUGAGCGCACCCUUGCUCUUUUGAUCUUCCCUACUGAGAACCUGGCGCCAUCCCUUGCGCCAUUGUUGCAUCCUGACCUACGUAAAGAUAUUGCUACCAGGGUAAAUGAAGCCAUCCUGCAAAGCCAGGGUGCCCGUAAAGAAGCUCGGUUACGCAAUUUGGUGAAAUUACGCGCCUGGGCGGAGCAGAAGGCCCGAGAAGCCAAGAAGGAUCUUCCUGAGAAGCUCGACCUCGGACUCUAUGAUGGCAACAACGUAAAGAACGCUCAGAACGCCAGUCAGAAUGGUGCUUCGAAUGAUACUGUAAUGACCAACAACGGAGAUGUUGACCCGAUGAUUUCAUGAUCAGCGGUCUUGCAUUACUUUGCUUGAUGCCCUUUGCCGCUUUUCCAGUUUAGCGAGGAGUUCGGGCUUGACUUUUUCAUCUGUGGACGCUGAGCGCUCAACCAUAGUACUUUCCUCAUAAGCGAGGCAAUUGAAUACAAUUGAAGAAUCAAACAUUGAUUUGUCG